UUUUUUUUUUUUCCCUUUCCUUAAUUUAACAUUAUGAGAAUUUAUUUCAGUUUGAUAUGUAUAGGUUUACUUGCUUUAAUAACUUUAUGUAAAGCAAGCAUUCAUCAAUUAACAGAUGAAAACUUUUCUACUCUUGUUAAAAAGGAAGAUGAAUGGUUAAUUGAUUUUUAUGCUGAUUGGUGUGGUUAUUGUAAACGCUUGGAACCAAAAUUUUUAGCAGCAGAUCGUUUAUUGUCUAAAAUCGAAAAUAAUAAUGUUAAAUUAGGAUGGGUUAAUAUUGAAGAUAAUCCUGGUUUGGCGGCUCGCUUUUUCAUUUCUCGCUUACCUACUGUUGUACAUAUUAAAGAUCAUCAAGUCCGUAUUGUAAAACGUAUACAACGAGAUGCAGAUAUUGUUAACUUUAUUACUUUUGAAGAAUGGCGUAACGUGGAUCCUAAAUCAAGUUUAAUGUCACCAUUUAGUCCAUUCGGUAAAAUGGUAGGAUUUACAGGAAAAGUGGUUAAAAAAUUAUCGUCCUAUUCUCCUUGGACAAUGAUAGGUAUCUUGACUGGAUUCCUUAUUUGUGCUAUCAGUUUACCCAUUAUUUUGACUAAGAAACAACAACAAUUCGUAAAAAAUAAGGAUGACCCUAUACAGAACACAAGUAAGAAGAAUACAGCAUUGCGUGCAAGAAAUAAAUCAAAACGUAUAGAUUAAAAUGAAAGAGUAUUCAACUAUUUAUUACAUAAUAAUAUCAGGGUUCAAACAAUAAAACAAACACGCUUAAACUUUAAAAGACCCUCCCUUUUUUCUUUUGACAUAUUUUAUAGAAAUAGGAUUCAAUUGUAUAUACAAUGCUGUUACUAUAAAAUUCCUUUUAAAACAUGAAAUUUUUUGGAUUUAUCAAUACUGGACAGCGUAAUUGAUAAAUAUUAUCAAAAUUAUACAGUUUUCAUAAACAUGUUCACUUAUUUCUUUCUUUAAUACUUGUGAUGGAAUAAUAAUAAAAUUUACAAAUUAGGAAACAAUAAGUGAGUGUCAUUCUUCUUCUUCUUCUUCUUCUUCUUUAUUACUAUUUUCUUCUAACCAACGUUUUUUCACUUCUCGUUCCUUUUCAGCUUUUUCUUUCUU